AUGAGUUUGAUAUAUUUUGGUGCCGGCGGAUUAGCCCCAAUAUUGGCAACAGGAGUACCACCAUUAUUGAGGCUCUCUUCCUUAAAAACAUGGGAAGGCGUUUAUUAUCCACCGCAAAUUCUAAUAAGUACGUCAAUCUAUCCGAUUUUAUUCAUUGUAGUUGCGUUUGGCUUCUUUAUUGCCAACUACAAAGGUUUAGAAUUUACUUUGGGCGUCUUUGAAAGAGCCCCAAUUAUUCCGAAAUCAAUUUUCAAAAACAUUCUAACAGUAAUUAAUAUGACAUCUAAUUUUUCAAUUCUUGCUCUCACGAUAUUUGAUUUUCAACAUUUUCAAGUACUUAAUACAAUUCUUUAUUCUGCGUUUUUAAUUUCGAUGGUUAUCUACUUUUUAUUACUUGAUUUAUCAAACGACAAAUGCUUCUACACACCAUCUACUGCAUUUUGGCUUAUAGAUUGCUCUCUUCUUUUCCUUGUUAUCAUUCAUUUAAUUUAUUCUCACAUUUCUUUUGGAUGUACAGAUGCUUCUAUAAUUAACACAUCAUCAUGCUUCGGAUACCUAGUUAAUUUGUUCAUUUUCGCUCGUUACUCUGCCUUAUAUUUGGAAAUAAGGGAUAGAAUUAUUAUUUUCGAAGAUUCUACAGAGCCUCCAAAGGAAGAUGCCGAGUAA